UGAGCGCCGCUUGCCCAUGCGGCCCUAGGGUUGGGAGCGCCGCGCCGCGCUCUGCUGUGGGGGAGGCCAUGGCGGAAUCUUCCCAGGCCUCGACCCCGGCGCAAGCCGCGCAGCCCCGUCCUCUUCAGUCCCCAGCCCCUGCCCCAACUCCGACUCCUACCCCCAGCCCGGCUUCGGUCCCGGCUCCUGUUCCCACUCCGGCACCAGCCCCCGUCCCAGCUGCAGCCCCAGCCGGGAGCACAGGGACGGGGGGGCCCGGGGUAGGAAGUGGGGGCACCGGGAGCGGGGGGGAUCCAGCUCGUCCUGGCCUGAGCCAGCAGCAGCGCGCCAGCCAGAGGAAGGCGCAAGUCCGGGGACUGCCGCGAGCCAAGAAGCUUGAGAAGCUAGGGGUCUUCUCGGCUUGCAAGGCAAAUGAAACCUGCAAGUGUAAUGGGUGGAAAAACCCCAAGCCCCCCACUGCACCCCGCAUGGACCUGCAGCAGCCAGCUGCCAACCUGAGCGAGUUGUGCCGCAGCUGUGAGCACCCCUUGGCUGACCAUGUGUCCCACCUGGAGAACGUGUCAGAGGAUGAGAUUAACCGGCUGCUGGGAAUGGUCGUGGACGUGGAGAAUCUAUUCAUGUCUGUUCAUAAAGAGGAGGACACAGACACUAAGCAGGUCUAUUUCUACCUCUUCAAGCUCCUGCGGAAGUGCAUCCUGCAGAUGACCCGGCCUGUGGUGGAGGGCUCCCUGGGCAGCCCCCCAUUUGAGAAGCCUAAUAUUGAGCAGGGUGUGUUGAACUUUGUGCAGUACAAGUUUAGUCACCUGGCUCCCCGGGAGCGGCAGACGAUGUUUGAGCUCUCAAAGAUGUUCCUGCUCUGCCUUAACUACUGGAAGCUUGAAACGCCUGCCCAAUUUCGGCAGAGGUCUCAGGCCGAGGAUGUGGCCACCUACAAGGUCAAUUAUACCAGAUGGCUGUGUUACUGCCAUGUGCCCCAGAGCUGCGAUAGUCUCCCACGGUACGAGACCACUCAUGUCUUUGGGCGAAGUCUUCUCCGUUCCAUCUUCACUGUUACCCGGCGGCAGCUCCUGGAGAAGUUCCGGGUGGAGAAGGACAAGCUGGUGCCUGAGAAGAGGACCCUUAUCCUCACCCACUUUCCCAAAUUCCUGUCCAUGCUGGAGGAGGAGAUCUAUGGGGCAAACUCUCCGAUCUGGGAGUCAGGCUUCACCAUGCCACCGUCAGAGGGGACCCAGCUGGUGCCCCGGCCAGCUACAGUCAGUGCUGCAGUUGUUCCCAGUGCUCCCAUCUUCAGCCCCACCAUGGGUGGGGGCAGCAACAGCUCCUUGAGUCUGGAUUCCGGAGGGGCUGAGCCUAUGCCAGCAGGCGAGAAGAGGAAACUCCCAGAGAACCUGACCCUGGAAGAUGCCAAGCGGCUCCGUGUGAUGGGUGACAUCCCCAUGGAGCUGGUCAACGAGGUCAUGCUCACCAUCACUGACCCUGCCGCCAUGCUGGGGCCCGAGACAAGCCUGCUGUCAGCCAAUGCGGCCCGGGAUGAGACAGCCCGCCUGGAGGAGCGCCGUGGCAUCAUUGAGUUCCAUGUCAUCGGCAACUCACUGACGCCCAAGGCCAACCGGCGGGUGUUGCUCUGGCUUGUGGGGCUGCAGAAUGUCUUCUCCCACCAGCUGCCGCGCAUGCCCAAGGAGUAUAUCGCCCGCCUCGUCUUUGACCCGAAGCACAAGACUCUGGCAUUGAUCAAGGAUGGGCGGGUCAUUGGUGGGAUAUGCUUCCGCAUGUUCCCCACCCAGGGCUUCACAGAGAUUGUCUUCUGUGCUGUCACCUCCAAUGAGCAGGUCAAGGGCUAUGGGACUCACCUGAUGAACCACCUGAAGGAGUAUCACAUCAAACACAACAUCCUCUAUUUCCUCACCUACGCCGACGAGUAUGCCAUUGGCUACUUCAAAAAGCAGGGCUUCUCCAAGGACAUCAAGGUGCCCAAGAGCCGCUACCUGGGCUACAUCAAGGACUAUGAGGGGGCGACACUGAUGGAGUGUGAGCUGAAUCCCCGGAUUCCCUACACAGAGCUGUCCCACAUCAUCAAAAAGCAGAAGGAGAUCAUCAAGAAGCUGAUUGAGCGCAAACAGGCCCAGAUCCGCAAGAUCUACCCUGGGCUCAGCUGCUUCAAGGAGGGUGUGAGGCAGAUCCCUGUGGAGAGCGUCCCUGGCAUUCGAGAGACGGGCUGGAAGCCUCUGGGGAAGGAGAAAGGGAAGGAGCUGAAGGAUCCUGACCAGCUCUACACAACUCUCAAAAACCUGCUGGCCCAGAUCAAGUCACACCCCAGUGCCUGGCCCUUCAUGGAGCCUGUGAAGAAGUCAGAGGCCCCUGACUACUACGAGGUCAUCCGUUUCCCCAUCGACCUGAAGACCAUGACAGAGCGGCUGCGUAGCCGCUACUACGUGACCCGGAAGCUCUUUGUGGCUGACCUGCAGCGGGUCAUCGCCAACUGUCGUGAGUACAACCCCCCUGACAGCGAGUACUGCCGCUGUGCCAGUGCCCUGGAGAAGUUCUUCUACUUCAAGCUGAAGGAAGGGGGGCUCAUCGACAAGUAGUCUCUGGCUUUGGACUACAGCCUCCACCUGGAAUGUCUCCCAUCUCGGGUUCUAAUCCAAUCCUGGGGAGCCCCUGGCACCCAGGUUUCUCUCAAUUUGAAACACUCCCACCAGGGGCCCUCCAGCCCUCAUCGUCUUUGGACUUUCAGGCACCCCCAAGCCUGCUACUCUGUGUGACCCUUCAUUGUGCCUCACCUUGGUGAGGGGUCUCCUGGGCCUGGAGCUCAGCCCCUCUGGAGUGGCUGGUGCCACCUGCUCAGCCCUGGUGGCCUGUAGGCAUGGGUCCCCACAGAGCCAUGGAGUCCUGGAGUCCUCAGCCUGCCUUGGGUCACUGCUUCCUCAAGGGCCAGGACUGCCAAUUCUAGCUUGAGUAGGGGGCCUCGGGUUGGAAGUUCAAUCCAGACAAGAGGGGCCAUGCCUCACCCUGCACUGUUCUCUCUACCCCAGGGGUGGGGACAUGGGACCAUUGGUUUCCUGGCAUUAAUCCCAUGGAGGGAACAAUAAAGCUCUUUUUUUUCCUCUG